AUGUUUAGGAAUCAAUAUGAUACAGACGUUACCACAUGGAGUCCAGCCGGUCGAUUAUUCCAGGUAGAGUACGCGAUGGAGGCAGUGAAGCAAGGCUCGGCAGCUAUUGGACUCCGAUCUAAGAGUCACGUGGUUCUGGCCUGCGUUAACAAAGCCAACUCCGAACUCUCGUCUCACCAGAAGAAGAUUUUUAAAGUCGAUGACCACAUCGGUGUCGCCAUCGCUGGACUCACCGCCGACGGCCGUGUUUUGUCUCGGUAUAUGCGAACUGAAUGUAUUAAUUACAGCUUCAAUUACGAGUCUCCGCUUCCUGUCGGUCGCCUUGUCGUUCAGCUUGCUGAUAAGGCUCAGGUCUGUACGCAACGUUCGUGGAAACGACCUUUUGGUGUUGGGCUGUUGGUAGGUGGCACGGAUGAAUCUGGAGCUCACCUCUAUUACAAUUGCCCCAGUGGGAACUACUUUGAAUACCAGGCUUUUGCGAUAGGAUCCCGCUCACAAGCUGCAAAGACAUACUUGGAACGCAGAUUUGAGAAUUUUAUGGAUUCUUCGAGGGAUGAUCUGAUUAAGGACGCUCUCAUUGCAGUCAGGGAAACCUUACAAGGAGAAACACUGAAGAGUUCUAUCUGCACAGUUGCUGUGGUAGGAGUUGAUGAGGCAUUCCAUAUACUGGAUCAGGAAACUGUCCAAAAGUUGAUUGAUGCAUUUGAGAUUGUGGGAGAGACAGCUGCUGCUUCCGCUGAACCAGAUGCUGCUGCUGAGGAGGGUGCUGCUGCUGAUCAGGGUGCUGGUGGUGAUCAGGAUGGUGCUGCUGAUCAGGGUGUGGCUCCGAUGGACAUGUAG